AUGGCUGCCGGACGUGCUUUGUGUAGCUCCUACGAAAAUCAAAUUAAACAGCUUCAAGUAACCUUCUCCCACAUUCUAUUAAAGUACGAAAGCUAUUUAGAGUAUAACAACGACAAUAAAGUAAAAUGGUCCGGCGGCUUAGUGAAACUAAAGAGUUUUGUUGUCGAUUUAUUCGGCGAUGAAGGCAAGUGGAGCUCGCCUGGAGGGA